CAUAUAUAUCAAAGCUACAAUAUUAUCCAUAUCUCAUUCAUUGGUAUAUAUAUUUUAUCUCUUAAACUUAAUUACUUCAUAACAAAUAACAGAUGAGAGAUUUUCUUCUUGACAUAUUACAAUCACAAUCAACUAUGGAUGCAAAAAGUAACUCCGAUUGGAUUAUUAAGAAUGAUGAUGAUACAGAAGAUUCAAUUUCUUCAUAUUUUUCUUCAUCAGAGAUGGAUGAUGAUGAUCAAGAAGUAUCAUCCUCUUCAACUUCUAGUUUGUCAUCUUCCUCUUCAUCAAAUUUAAAUGGUCCUUUAUAUGAAUUAUCAGAGCUCAUGAAUCAUCUUCCUAUAAAGAGAGGAUUGUCUAUGUUUUAUCAAGGGAAAGCACAAUCUUUUUGUUCAUUAGCAAGGGUGGAAAGCAUAGAAGAUCUUCCUAAGAAAGAGAAACCAAAUUACAGAAAUAAAGUGAGAUCAUGCAAGAGCUUUGGUUUGUGCACUCCAAAGGGAACAAUAUCAAAGAAAACUUCAAGAGGACCUUGUUUAUCAGUAAAAAUUUCUAGAAGAAAUAGAUUCCUUGGAGACUCUAGCUAGAUCUUCCUGUUCUGUACACAAUUUUUUUUGGAAUUUUAAAAGAUUUAUUAAAUCAGUUUAUUAAGCCAAAACAUUUGUCAAGUAUGAAAUUUUCAUAAUCUUCUAUAAACUAAGUAGAUUUAUUUUCUGAGAAAAGAGUUCAUUUUUU